AUGGAGGAAAAAGGGGCGGUCUUAGAGAAGCCGGGAAUGCCUGCCUGCCUGGCCAGGGUCGGGGCCGGGGCUGGGACGGUGGCUGGGGCGGGCGUGGGCGCGGCGGCUCGCUGGCUGGCUGGCUGGCGCGCCGUCAUCCUUCCCACUCUCCUCCCUCCCUCGGCUGUGCCGCGCGGGCUCUAUGACCCCGAGGUUCCGAGCGCCGAUGACACGGAUUCCGAGGCUCAGUUACGGAAGCAGCAGCAGCAGAAGCAGCAGCAGCAGCACCAGCCGCCGCUCCCCCCGCAGCCGCUGUCGCCGCCGCCUCCUUCUCCUUCUCCUUCUCCUGCUCCGCCGCCGCCGGCGCCACCUGGCCGAAGGGAAGCCCUGCGCGCGCAGCCCGGACUCUUCCUCCCGGCACUGGCCGAGAGGGCUCGACGGCGGCAGCAGCAGCAGCGGCGGACGCCGAGAAGGAGGCGGCCCCGGGUGGGCGCUGGAACCGCCGCUGCUGCUGGACAGCCGCUCCGAGCCCGACGUUCCCCGGCCCAAAGGGGCCAGCGCCGCUUUUGGUGCCCGCCCGGCCGACCUUUCCCCUCCGCCCCUGCCGAAGGGGCCGGCGAGCUGGCCGGCAGCAGGCCUCGGCUCGGGAGCGCCCCACUUUCCCCGGCUUCCACUCCUCCGUCGUCUCCGGCCGAGGGGCACCGCCGAGGCGCCCCCAUGGAGAAGCGGGGCAAGCGAGUGGACUGUCCGGCGUUGCCUCCCGGGUGGAAGAAGGAGGAGGUCAUCCGCAAAUCGGGGCUGAGCGCCGGGAAAAGCGAUGUCUAUUACUUCAGGUGAGCCGGCCGGGGUGGCGAGGAGGGAGAAAGCUUGGGCUGUGGGGGUCUUGUGGGGUGUCCAGGGCCGAAGAAGGGGACCCGGAGGAGCGAUCUCAACUCUACUGUUGAAGACGUGUGCCAAUUUUCUAUGCGACAAUAUGCUUGUGGCUUUGUAGAAAAGGUUUCCAAUCUGACCUCAAGAAAAUUGGUCUCUAUACUCAUGUGCUCUCUGAGGGACCCUGCCACCCAGCCUGAUCAAGAGGCUUUCUUGUUGCUUUUUGAAGAAGUCAAGCUCCGCACUUUGCAGGAUGCUCUGAAUCAGAUGAGCAUGGAGAUCUCAAGAGACCAGAUGUUACCAGCUUUCAAAAGAUUCUUGCUGAAUGCAGCAUGGGAAAAAAUAAAGACAGAUCCUCUGGUAUUGAAUGCUGGCUUCCUCUCCUCUUGGUUCCAAGAGACGAUGCACUCUUACUUGACGGAUGUGAACACCAACAUCUUAGACUGCAUGAUUCAAAUUCCAAUAACCUGUGAUGGCUUCAGAACAAUGCACAUCACUCUGAAUGUAACAAUUUCUGUGAAGAAUUUGCCCUUUGCCAUGUUGCGCUUGUCCCCUAAGCCAGGGGUCCCUAACCCCCAGUCUGUGGACCAAAACAGUCUGCACUGUGGCCAGCAAGCAGUCCACGUAGACAAGAUAAGCCCCAUUGGCAGGAUACAGGCAGCAUGCAAGACCAUGCCCCCUUUCGUAUGCGGAAAAAUCUCUCUCCACUGGUCCCUAGUGCCCAAAAGUGUCCAGGCCUUAGACAGUGUGUACCAGGAUAUGGAUAACAGCACAAGGCAGUUGGUGACCAGCUGGAUUGGAAGAUUCCUUACUGUAUUCCGGUGCCAGAAAAGAUCACCUAAAGAAUGGAUACAAAGCAACUGGAAGAGAUUUCAAAAUCAUGCCUCCUAUAAUGACUAUACAAAGAUCUGGAGUGGUUUUGAUGGGUUUGCCGCUCUCAAUGUCUUUACCGCUUCCCAGCUGGCCCAGCUGAUUGUCACUCAUAAGGUCCUCUCCAAUCUCACCCUAAUGGAACCUGUUGCCAAAGCCCUCAGCAGCCAGGAUGUUGUCUAUAUAGAGGGCUUCCUGGAUGAGUUGUCUCGAUCACCUCUUGACCUCCUGCUUGACCACAAAGCUGCAUAUCUUGCCCUGGAGACCAUUCUGACCAAGAUCAACCACAGCUUCCCUGAUCUUUGCUCGCCCUCCCUGAAAGACCUGUUCCAAAUCAAACUUGUGCGCUUGCUGCCCUUUGUUGAUACCAAGAUAAUGAUGCUGUUUCCAACUCAGAUAGGCUGUGUGGACUUCCAUGAUAUCUACAAAGGCCUAAAUUCUGUUUAUUUCAAAUUAAAUCCAAUGACUCAGCUUGCUGUCUUUCAAAAUCGUUUGAAUUUCCUUGAAGGACAGCUUGCGAAAGAAGGAGUUGCAUGUACAUUCACAGUUUCAAACAGUAGAGAUUGGCUGCAGGAAAACUUUGGACAUUCCAGUUACUUGGCUAAUUACAGCAACUUUGUACACUUGAAUCCAUCUUUCAAUGGAUUUGAAGUGCUGGAUUUGCUAACAUCAACCCAGAUUGGAACUCUGGUAGUCUUGUCUGGCAUUCUGACUGACAGCUCGAGGAUGAAUGCAGAGAUGGAGGCAGCCAAUGUGAUGAACAUUUUCCAAAGUCGAAAAGUAUCUGAGCUCCAGACAUUUCUGCUCAAAAUCAGUGCACUUGCAGAACAGAAUAACUUAGUAGAAAUAACCAACGUGAGAGUCCGUGGCAUCAUGCUAAAGGGAAUCUUUCAAAUCCUAAAGCCACAUUUUUACUUCAUGAGGAUAACUGAUUUGGAGCUUUGGUUUGGUAGGAUUCUGACAUUGUACCUGCCCGCCAUCACUGUUGAAGAGCUGAAGAUUCUUCCUUCUCCAUCCAACUGCACCUACUUGCAUGUUAUGCCUCUUUCCUCCAUCUUUAUUAAGUCUCUUCUCCGCAAAGCCAGGGCCACCGCCAACCUCGGAGGUAUCCCUACUCCUAUGACAGGUGCCUGUGCUCAGCAGGUAGUGGGCAGGGGUCUUUUCACCAAGCCUCAAGUAGAGAAGGAGGAGAUCCCAGCCCUUCAAUUGUUCCUCGAUGUGGUCAAGAACCAGUUGGCAUUCUUGGGUCCUAUCUUGGUGGAAGACAAGAACGAUCUGUUAGACAGGCAGAUAGGCAGUAUCCCAGGGAUAGAUGCAGGCAUCAGACACAGAGCAAGUGGCCCUUUUGAGGGUGGAGUGGGGGUGGCCAUUCCUGCCACAGGGAGAUUCAGAUCCAUCGUUAACCUCACAGACCUGAUGGCGAUUGAUUCCAGCUUCAAUGGGAUAGCUCACCUAACGGAACUUUCAGUUGCUCAACUCGCUCAGCUCACCAUGACAGAAGAAGUGCUGAGCUCCAUUGACAAGGUGAUGAAAGUCUUUCAAAGACUGGGCCAUUUCCCAAGCCUUGAUGCCUUAGCAGCAUAUUGGGAUGAAUUCAACAUUGCCUUUGAAAAGCCUACUUUUGUCAGCAUUCUCAACAUUUCAGUGGAAGUGGAAACAUUCUUGCUUACCAAAACAAUUGAAAGGUUGCAUAAGGAAUUUCCAACUUUCACGGAUCUUGACUAUCAACUUUGGUUUGAAAAGAGGCUCGUGAUGGUGUUGCCAAGUGUAACUGCUGCUAUUCUUCAACAAAUCCCCAUCAAUAUUUCCUGCAAGGCCUAUGAAUCUGUGAUUGCUGGGAUUGACAGCGGCUUUUCUGAAAUUUCACAGAAAAGGAAAACAGAUAUUUUAAACUACAUAGUGUCCUUCCUCACCCAAAAGUCUCAAACAACCGGUCCCAUCUGUUCUGAACAAACAACAACCAGAAAGUGGCUCAUCAAAUUCUUUAGGAGAUUCUCUGUGACUAUGCCAUACAUUCAGUUGGUUUCCUACUACCGCCGGACCUUUGAUGUAAUGUACCGUAAAAAGAAAACUAUGUUCACUAUUGACUAG